AUGUCGGUCCUUCUCGAGACCAGCUCCGGCGACAUCGUGAUUGACCUUCUGGUCGACUACGCCCCGAAGCUCUGCGAAAAUUUCUUGAAGCUCUGCAAAGUCAAGUACUACAACUUCUCACCAAUCCACUCCGUACAGAAGAACUUCUCGUUCCAGACCGGUGACCCUCUGGGCCCGCUGUCCAAAGAGUCCGAUGGAGGCACCUCGAUAUGGGGUCUGCUCUCCGGCGACGCCAAGCAGAAGAUGUUCCCCGCCGUCUUCCACCCGAAGCUCAAGCACCUCGAACGCGGCACCGUGAGCAUGGCUACCGCGCCCCUCGAGUCGGACCCCGAUACCCGCGUAGCAGCUUCGCAGUUUAUCGUCACUCUGGGCGAGGAGACGGACUACUUGGAUGGCAAGGCUGCCAUCUUCGGCAAGGUCGUCGAGGGCUUCGACGUGCUAGAAAAGAUUAACGAGGCCAUCGUCGACGACAAAGGACACCCUCUCAUCGACAUCCGAAUCAAGCACACCAUCAUCCUGGACGACCCUUACCCCGAUCCCCCUGAGCUGCGAGAACCCAGUGGCUCGCCUCCUCCGAGCAAGGCACAACUCGAGACCGUGCGUAUUGCAGACGAAGCUGCCCUGCACGAGGAUGACGACAUGGACGAGGAGGCUGUUGAGAAACGGCGGAGGGACAGGGAGGCGCGGGCACAGGCACUCACUCUGGAAAUGAUGGGUGAUUUGCCAUUUGCCGAGGUCGCCCCUCCCGAGAACGUCCUCUUUGUUUGCAAGCUCAAUCCCGUCACCACGGAUGCCGACUUGGAGCUCAUCUUUGGCCGGUUUGGCAAGAUUCUCAGUUGUGAGGUCAUCCGUGACGCCAAAACGGGCGACAGUCUUCAGUACGCCUUCAUCGAGUACGCGGACAAGGCUUCUUGCGAGGCCGCAUACUUCAAAAUGCAAGACGUCUUGAUUGACGACCGCCGUAUUCACGUCGACUUCUCGCAGAGUGUGAGCAAGCUGAGCCAGGUCUGGAGAGACGAUACCAACCAGAAGCGGAGGAAACACGCUUCGAAGGGCGGAUGGGGAGGAGUUGACGAGCUUGAGAAGCGGAGACAGUACCGUGACGUAUAUGAGCGGGAUGGCGACAAUUACGAUCUUGUGUACGGAGAUGAGGAGAUGAAGGGCCGCGCAGAGCGCGAUAGCCACCGCAAGUCUGAGCCCAAACGAGAACCGGAGCAGACCAGAGAUCACGCCAGAGAUCACGCCAGAUCAGAUAGGGCCCGAAGGCGAAGUCGAAGCCCCGGACGACCCAGAGACAGGGACAGGGACAGGAGGGGAGACAAAGAUCGAUACCGAUCCGAUGAUCGGGAUACCGGACGGCGGUACGAUCACCACGACCGGCGACGCGACGAUCGGGACUCGGGUCGCAGAGACCGCAGAGAUUAUGAUAAUCGGAAUCGAGGUAGGGAUCGAGACGGGGAUAGACGAAGAUAG